CUCCCCUCUAACUCUCCUUUUUCAAUCCGGCACGUUUAGGCAAGAGAGCCCUGACCCCUCCUCUUUGUCAGUCAUGUUUCUUGUGAGAGAACGAUCUCGUGCAGAACUCAGUCACACACACACAUGCAGAACACACAUGCGCUGAGGCGGUGUGUGUCGGAUCGAGCGCGCGCAUUGGUGUGUAUAGUGAUGGUGGAGGUGAUGGUGUGCGCGCGGAACGGGAGCGAGGAGACAGAGGACAGAGAGCACAUGCUGCUGCUGGAACCCGCAGCUCCCACCACCACCACAGUUGCUGUGGUGCAUCAGCCCCCUCAGCCUUUCCCCACAGUAGACAUCCCUGAUCACGCACACUACACUAUUGGUGGUGUAAUCUUCGCCAUCGGCAUCACCGGCAUCAUGGGCAACUUUCUGGUCAUCUACGCAUUCACCAGGAGUCGUACUCUAAGGACACCUGCCAACAUGUUUAUAAUAAACCUGGCCAUCACAGACUUCUUCAUGUGUGCCACCCAGACUCCAAUAUUCUUCAUAACCAGCAUGCACAAGAGAUGGAUCUUUGGAGAGAAAGGUUGUGAGCUGUAUGCGUUCUGUGGGGCUCUGUUUGGGAUCUGCUCCAUGAUCACUCUCAUGGUCAUCGCUGUAGAUCGCUACUUUGUCAUCACGCGACCCCUGAGCUCCAUUGGCAUGCUGUCUGAGAAGAGGGCACUACUUGUCCUGACAUGUGCCUGGUUGUAUUCUCUGGGCUGGAGCCUGCCACCCUUCUUUGGCUGGAGUGCCUAUGUUCCUGAAGGUCUGAUGACUUCUUGUACAUGGGAUUACAUGACGUUUACUCCCUCAGUGCGGGCAUACACAAUGCUGCUCUUCAUCUCUGUCUUCUUCAUACCGCUCAUCAUCAUCGUCUACUGCUACGUCUUCAUCUUCCGUGCCAUUCGUAACAGUAAUCAAGACGUGACGAAGAUGAACAGGCACAAUAACAGGCACACAGUGAAGAGAUUCAACAAGAUGAAGAAAGAGUGGAAAAUGGCCAAAGUUGCCCUGAUUGUCAUCAUGUUGUAUGUCAUCUCCUGGUCUCCCUAUUCAGUUGUUGCCCUAACAGCAUUUGCUGGGUAUGCUGAUAUGCUGACACCAUAUAUGAAGUCAGUGCCAGCUGUGAUAGCCAAAGCUUCAGCAAUCCACAAUCCUAUCAUUUACGCCAUCACUCACCCCAAAUACAGAGUGGCUAUAGUGAAGUAUAUCCCGUGUCUGCGUGUGCUGCUGUGUGUUCCUCAGAGGGAGCUUCACUCUCUCCACAGUAGUUUUAUAUCUACCAGACUCUCCACUGUAACCACUCGUGCCUCAGACGCGUCCGGGAACUUGUCCCAAAGCAGCACAGGCAAAUCCUACAUCUCCUCUGUCUCCGACAAUGAAUCUGAGGGAAGUGACAGCAUGGACAGUGCUACGAUCCAGAUCCCCAGAAUUGUGGUCACUUCUGAGUCUGGCCUGAUUCUGUAUUCUGGGACUUGACAUAUUGUGUUAUUGUACUCUUUGCUGUGUUGAUAAAUUACUGGUGGUUGUUGGUUCACAUAUUCAUAUUAGGUUUUUAUUAUUUUAAAAAAAAUUUAGUCGUUUUAUAAGAAGGUGGUAAUAUCUGCCUACCUCCGUGGAAAGAAGUAACCAACAAUCUCCAACCCAAUGUCAUUUAUCUUUUAUUAUUGUAUUUUAGAAUUGUACAGUUUGGUCCUAAUUCUGCUGGAUUUCUACUGUGUUUUGUGUUUCUCUAAGGGUAACUUAAUAUGUAUGUGAAAGUAUGUAUUGAACAUCACAUCAAACAGGAAUUUAUGUGGAUUUAAUGUUCUACAAAUGUUCUGAAAAUAUGAAUUAUUUAUUUUUUUCACCUAAAACAUUCUUUGAGCAUUCAUGAGUUUUGAUCCUAUAUAUAGAUUUCUAGAUGUAAAUAAAUAAAUAAAUAAAUAAAUAAAUAAAAUAAUCAAAAAACAUUCCUGUAUAUGGAAUAACAAUUAAUGAAAACACCACAUCAAACAGGAAUUUAUGUGGAUUUAAUGUUCUAUAAAUGUUCUAAAAAUAUGAAUUAUUUAUUUUUUUUCACACAAAACAUUCUUUGAGCAUUCAUGAGUUUUGAUAGAUUUCUAGAUGUAAAUAAAUAAAUAAAAUAAUAAAUAAAUAAUCAAAAACCAUUCCUGUAUAUGGAAUAAGAAUUAUUAAUGAAAACUCACAAGGAACUUAUUAUAUAUUGUGCCAAAUUAUGUGUAUUUCUGCAGAAACAUUAAAUAAUAUAUAAGCCUGUUGAAUUGAAUUUCAAAUGAAAGAGACACAAUGUGACUUUCUUAAACAUGUCAUGAUAUAUAUACACUGAUCAGCCAUAACAGUAAAACCACCUGCCAAAUAUCGU